ACAGUUCGUUGUUUCCUUUAGAAAUUUUGUUAAUGUGACAUCUCAUUGAGAUGAGUUAGUCCCGCACGAAAAAUGAUUAAAAUUUUUUGAGUAAAAUCAGUCAUAAUUCUUCAGAAUUGUUAGGAUGAUGUAUCUAAGCUGACAAAAAUCACAGAUAAAAAAAUUAAAGACGAAUUUUUAAAAUUUCAACGAAAUCAGUAAAGAUCCUGCAACCUGAAACCGAAGGGAGAGAAAAGAAAAGCUUUAUUCUAGGAAGAACUGGAGAAAAUUCAUUCCUCUUGGUGUUAUUUCUGACAUGAUUUUCUUCCAUAAAAGAAAUAUAUAUCAUGAUCAUCAAAAGGAAUCCCAAAAUCUCAGUUUUGGUGGUCAAUGCGAUUCGAAGGCUUCAAGAUGUCCAGGGCUCUACAUCGAAGGAAAUAAGUAAUUACAUCGCCAAGGAAUAUGAUGUUCCUAGACAGGAUAUUAGAAGACAAGUUCAACUAGCUUUGCGCCGGGCUCUUUCAUAUGGAAUUCUAGAACGUACAAAAGGCGGUUACUACGUCAGCUAUAAUCGAGGUAAAAAAGCUGAUACUGGCGAAGAAUUAAUAAGUGGACCAAAAUUAGUUUGCCCGACAAAAUGUGGAAGUCGAAAAAAGAGUCGUAGUCGCAGAAGAAAAAGUGCAUGUAAAAAGAGUAGGGGUAGAAGUAGGGGUAGAAGUAAGGGUAGAAGUAGAGGUAGAAGUAAGGGUAGAAGUAGAGGUAGAAAUAGAGGUAGAAGUAAGGGUAGAAGUAGAGGUAGGGGUAGAAGUAGGGAUAGAAAACGUAGAGGAACACGAAAAUGCGGAGGAAAAUCUAGGUCAAGGAGGUCCAGAAAAAAAUCAAGAUCCAAAUGCAGAAAACACACAAGAAACAGUAAAAGGAGUUGUGGAGGAAAAAUUCAGAAGAGCAGAAGCAAAAGCAGAAAGAGCAGAAGUAAAAGCAGAAAAAGAAGCAAGAUGAGUAGCUGCAGGCACAAAAAACCAAAGAGAUGCAGUGACCUGAACAUGGUGCCAUCAUCUGAGAAUAACAAGAUUGAAAAUUCAAGAUCAAACAACGCCACUCUCUCGAGAAGUAGACCGAACAGUCCAGGCGGAUCAACAAUUUCCGGAAGUUCAGAUGAAAUGAAGCAAGAAACAAGACAGAAUAGUCGAAGUGUGAGAACCCCUGCAGAGGCAUUGGAUUGAGCACACCGGAAGUACCACCACGAUAUCACGUCCGUCGACCCAGGAAAA